UUUAAUUUUUGGGGCUGCCUUGAACCACAAUUUUUGGCUCGAACUCGAUGUGAAUCAGUGAUCGAUUCAAAAUGACAAUUGACUCCUUUUUCAUUGUUUCUCCCCAAAAUGAGCAUGAUGUUUUAUUUCACAGCCUAAAUCUUUGCAUCGGCUCUAAUUGGAUGUUGUAGGUGUACCUAAUCGAGUGUCCCAGUGAGUGUACAAGUGACACGCUGCGUGACGUGAUAGUGGAAAGACGCAACAACAACAAAAUGCGUAAAAAGAGGUGGAGAGAGGGUGGGUGAACGCGCGAGAUGAGUUGCUUCACACACGCGCAUGCACACGCUUGAUUGCGCGUCGCGUACGUGGGUGCUGCAUCGCCCCCGGGGGCGGUGGGAGUAGGAAGGAAGGAAGUGAGAGUGCGCGCCCGUGCAACAAGUGGCUCUCCCGCCACGCACGAGCACUCUGCCGCAGCGUGUGCACGCACCCGCACGCGCCUUGGACUUUUUUUGGUUUGUUUUUUUUCUCAAUUAUUUUCAAUGAAUGCUAGUGAGCGAGGCGAGGUUUUGCCUCCGUCCUCCUCCAUGGACUCGUUGCCGAUGCCGCUGCUGCUGCCCUCCCCCGGUGGCCGUCGAGGCAAGUCGGGAUCCCGUCGCUAGAUUUCCACCCCUCUUGCCCCCGUGGGCUCGCCGGGAAGAGGGUCGCAGCCAUGCCGAUGCACCCGAUCACCUCCACGCUUAUGUACCGGGGGGUGUGCACCAUCCCGGACAUCCUCUCCUACAGCGCCCCAGUCAACCUGCCAGAGGACGAGGUGGAAGAGAUCCGCGAGGCGUUCAAAGUGUUCGACCGUGACGGGAACGGCUUCAUCUCCAAACAGGAGCUGGGCAUGGCCAUGCGAUCCCUGGGGUACAUGCCCAACGAGGUCGAGCUCGAGGUCAUCAUACAGAGGCUCGACAUGGACGGCGACGGGCAGGUGGACUUCGAGGAGUUCGUCACUCUGCUCGGUCCAAAGCUGACAGCGGCCGCCAUGCCGGACAAAUUCAACGGAACCGACUUUGACUCGGUUUUCUGGAAGUGUGACAUGCAGAAGCUGACGGUGGAGGAGCUGAAACGUCUGCUGUACGACACUUUCUGCGACCACCUCUCCAUGAAGGACAUCGAGAACAUCAUCAUGACCGAGGAAAACCACAUCGAGAACCCCGACGACUGCCAGGUUCCAGCCCGACGCAGCAGGUCAAGCAGACGUGCGUUCGCAAGAGCCUGAUCUGCGCCUUCGCCAUCGCCUUCAUCAUCAGUGUCAUGUUGAUCGCCGCCAAUCAGGUGCUGCGUAGUGGCAUGAAGUAACGGACAACAAAAGUAACAAAAGCACAGACAUUUUUCCAAGGAGCUUGUGUACAAAGACCCAUGAACCACAUAUCACUCCAACUCGUUGUCGUCGUGCGAGUCGUGACUUGUGUGUGUGUGUGAGUGUGUGUGAGUGUGAGUGUGUGUGUGUGUGUGUGUGUGUGUGUGCACGCACGUGUGUGUUUGUGCAGAAUACAGUGAACUCCCGUUUAUCGUGGGGAUACAUUCCGUACACACCCGUGAUAGAUGAAAACCCGCGGUAGAGAAACCACGUAAAACCUUAGUUUAAUGCUAACGUAUAAUGCUAAGUGCCAUAGACGGACUGACAGAAUUAGUAUCGAUGUCAUGUAAUUAAAAACCUUCGAAUAACUGCUAUUUUCCCCAAACGGAGCAGCAAUACAUACUCUUCUCUGUGGGAGCAACCAAUAUUAAUAUUAUCCACUUCUUCUCGCUGUUAAUUACGCUGCGUCUCUUCUCAGUGGCAUGUGUGUGGCACAACGUGGUACUACACUCAAGGUGCGCAACUCUAAAUUUGGACUUGCCUGUACACGGUCAAACCGCAUAAAAAAUAUGAAAAAUCCGCAAUGUAGUUGGGGUUCACUGUACUGCGGAGCCCACGAGGAUGCAGGGGACGCUUUUGGUGGACAAACAAGAGCAACAAACUAGGACAACCUCAUCUAUGCAUGACAUGCAUGGACUUCAGCGAGCGUCUUUUUGUAUAUCCGCGUUUCCAUCAUGAUCACACCGACUGUGUAUUAAUACUAAACUGUGAGCCAGUGUGUGCGUGUGUUUGUGUGUGUGUGUGUUUGAAGAGGAAUGGCUCCUUUAUUUUGGGCUAGUCACAAAUUGGAGAAGGUCACCAAAAUGUCCGAAGCGUGUGUGUGGUGUGUGUGUGUGUGUGCGUGUGUGUGUGCAUACGUGCAUGCGUGUGUGCGUCUGCGUGUGACAGAAUGCGUUGUCAUGAAGCAAUAAACAAAGAUGGCGUCCACUCAUCUCAAAAAGGACUUAUUUUUCAAUAAAAAUAAUCAAAAUUAACAUUUUGGCAAUACAAUAGGGUUGAGAAGCCCCAAAAUGUGGCAAUAAAUCACAAACAUAGUCUUUGAAUUGGACGUGAUUCAAAUUGGCUAACACGAGCUAACAUCCGCUAACAUGGGCUAACACGCGAACACGCGCUAAUUUAUGCUAACACAUGCUAACAUGUACUAUCGUGCACUAACAUAUGCUUCCGAGAUGACAUGCUAAUACCAGAGGUGGGGGACUCCAGUCAUGUGACUUGGACUUGAGUCACUGAUUUUAUGACGUGCGACUUGCUUGGCUACAACGUAUUAAAGACUUGACUUAGACUUGGCUUUUCUGAGACUCCACUUGGCUUGGACUUGAACUACAUGACUUGACAAGUCAUACUGUCAAUAUAGUGUGGCCUUUGUUUUUGAACGAAAAGUUUUUUUUUGUAUUAUUUGUGUCGUGCGUGCCACUAAUCUGGCAACCUGGCUGGUAGGUACAGGCUAUGCCCCCCCAUUGGCCCGGCCACAAACAAGGGCUGAGGCUGCCUCAUUGAGCAAGGAGCACAGAGGAAACUCCACGAUUACGUUUGGAUUCACGGAUUAUCUUUUGGAUGGAAACGGAGAAAAAACAAGAGCAACAUGCAAGGUUUGCAGCUCAAGGAUAAAUGACACAACUUGGACAAGGUCUACCUUCAUCUGCCUGACGCAGGUAAGCUAGCUAGGUUAGCUUCACAGUACCUCUCUCAUAGCCAGGGGCAUCACUAGGUUUUAUGGCUAGGGGGGGCUUAGCCACCAGGAGAUGCACAGGUUGUGAGUGUGGCGCGCUAGCACAAAAUUUCAUUAACAGCUAACGAAGACUGAGAAAUUGCUUUUUAAUGUUUUUGGACAGAUUAUAAAACAAUACAACACUGGUUGUUUCUAAGUGACCUGCGAUUGGCUGGCGACCAGUUCAGGGUGUACCCCGCCUCUGGGAUAGCUGGGAUAGGCUCCAGCAUGCCCGCGACCCUAGAGAGGAUAAGCGGUAUAGAAAAUGGAUGGAUGAAUUUCCAUUUGGGGGACGUAAUGUAAUGAAAAUCAAAUUAAAAGCUGCAAUCACUAGCUACUUGGUGAGUGGAAGUGUCAACGAAUGCUGUUUGUUUAUAAGGGUGGCAAAUUGUUCUAUCACUCUAUCGUGACUCAGAUGCUCAAGUGUGUCGUUUUCAAUUGACAUUAAACCAAGGCUGUGAAUCUUCAAGAUACAUUGAAAAUCAUUUAAUGAAUAACUGAUCAACAUAGAGGCUAAUGACGUGACUUAGGCUCACAACACAAUAACUGCUUGCUCCAAAAUACUUGUGAAGUCGCGGAGAUUACAGUAUGCAUAUGUGACUAAAAUGGUUGGAGAAAAAUAUAGCAACAGGCAGUUACAUGUGCAAGCAAGGUCGCAUGUAAGACAUGGAGCCGAAUUUCAGUAAUAAGGACAUUAUAUGAUAAAGUGGAACGGAUUCGAUAACAACAAGGUCUCGCUACCAUACUAUGAAUUUAAGAGUAACCAUUGUGCGUAGUUUGGUGACUGUUUUUAUGAGCGGCCGUUCAGUCUGCCAGUGGUUUUGGCGCGAUUCAAAAUUGUAAUCUCUGUCUUAACGUCACAGCUUAGAGCCAAUCAAAAACGCUUUCCCUCACAGGGAAAACAACGAGCCGCGCCGCUUAAAGCAAUAUAAAUAGUAUAUAACGCAUCAAAUAUUGUGUUUUACAUGUUGUUAAUUAAAUUGUAAGAGGUAUAAAUGCAUUUUUUUGUGUGCUCAUUAAAAUUUUUUUUGUGUAAAUGUACUUUUUUGUCAUGAUCAGUGAAAAACAUUUUAUUUUGACUCCAAUAUAUGUUGUGACUGAGCAAGAUUGUAUGACUCGAAUCAUUACUUUCGACUUGCUUGAAACAACUAACGACUUGACUCGACUUGCUUAAAAUUUAGUGGCGACUCGACUUGCUUGAUUUUUUUCCGCAGUAACUUGGAACUGGCUUGAGACUUGAAGGUUACGACUUGAGGCUUGCUUGUGACUUGCACAUGUGUGACUUAUCCCAUCUCUGGCUAAUACAGUGCUAACACAAGCUAACACCAUUAACAUGCGCGAGUAGUCACAUGCACAACACACGCAACCAAGCUAACAUAUGCUAACAUCCUCUAACAUACUAAAAUGGGUUACCACGGCCUAACAAGUGCUAAAAUGGGCUACCGUGCCGCCAUGUGUUAAAAUAUGCUUACAUUUUCCAAAUAUGUUAAUAUUGCAUGAAGUUGUGCUAACACAUGAUAACAUGUAUGAACACGAAAUAACGCGUGCUAACAUUGACAUCAAUAAACUAACGAUCUAAAAUUUGCUUCGAUGGCAAUACAUUUUUACAUGCAUUAUUACAUGCUAAUGCGCUAAUAACGAAUGUUAACAUAUGCUAACAUAUGUUAAUACAUACUAAAACACUAACAUGUACCAAUGCGCUAACAUGCGAAGGAAUGUGGAUAGCAUUCACAUACACGCGAGCAGUAACAUACUCACAUACUGUAAGCAAAUAUGCUAACAUGGUAGGACCGUGUGAAUAUUUGCUCACAUGGUAAUAUCUUUAAAAAUGCUAACAUGUGGCAACGUGCUAAAUUGUGAUUGCAUAAGCUAACAACGUAACAAAUGCUAACAUGCGCUAAUGUGAGCUAACACAUGCUAACCUGCUGCAUGCCAAAAGGUUUUGUGCAAGUUGUAAAUGUAGUAAACAAUCUCCUUGGCAGAGAGAGGUAAUAGUCAUGAGCUAGAACACAUUACAAAGAAACUUCCAUUUUUCCAUUUUGCACUUUACAAUUCGCUCCAAUGCACAACAACAACAACAAAAACAAUAUGACUGUCCCUCACUUACUAUGUGAUAAAUUACUAAUAAACAGUUCAUUUAUUGCCUUAUUAUUUUCUUGAUACAUGUUGAGAUAACAAAAAAAAUAAAUUCUGGUGACAGUGUGAAAGUUUUCAAAGUGUUUUCAUGUUUCAAAGUGGACGUGACUUUUGCUGUCUUACUGGCCGUCAGUUAGCGUUUGACUCUGUGUACGUGGAAUGUGGUGGUUUUUUGCCCUGAAAAGAAAACUAAGUAAAACAUUUAACACAUCUUA